UCCUGCCAUUUUUUCCCGCAAUAAACAAGUGUGGAGGUGUUAGCGUAGCUAACAGGGGACUGCGCAUUUACCAGCUAAAAUGCCCAAACGAACUUAUCCUUUUCCUGAAUCCUUCUCUUCCCAGUACAAAAUACACAUUGGGCAGCGGGAGAUAAACAGUUACGGCGUGUUUGGAAAUAAAUAUAGGCAAGAAAUUUACGAAAAGACAAAGAACCUGCUUUUCAAUGGUGCGAAAGCUGUAGUGGGGAAAAUAUGGACUGGAGAGGAGAAGUGCCCAGAUUCACAGUUUAAAGAACAAAACACUGCAUGCAGUCAGACACUCCUGAGAGGACAGACACUUAUUGGGCAGGAUGGGAAACUCACAAGAACGCAUGCUGUACAAGGUGUGCCGGCGGCUCCCACAGGCUGCUGUGUUUGUCAUAAAAACCAGGGUUCCAGGACGCUGUGUUCCCAGUGUGACAGACUGGCUUGUGCUUCUUGUACCAGACAGUGUUCCAGCUGCUGCAGCCCGUGCUGCUCUGUCUGCACCAUCAUAGAUUACAGCGGACCAUACGAUGAAGUGCUAUGCUGCAGCUGUUCAACAUAAGCAGGACCAACAGGAAGGACCAGAUUGUGUACUUGAUCAUGUAAAGUUGCCCCCAUGAGAUAUUACAAAGAUUACAGUGUAAACGUGUUUUUAUGACUGAAAUGUAUUCUUGUAUAUAUGUGUUUCAUUCUAUAAUGAACUGAAAUAAACUUGAAUGUUUUUUUUUUUUAUUAAGUCCAUUUUACUUUGUAAAUUUUGUUUUGACGGCAUUAAAUAGCAUAUUCUAAUUUUUCAGAUGUUUUUUUUGGGGGGGGGAAAUUGAUGUCUCAGUUAUUGUUUCCAAAUUGGAUAUAUGUUUUUAAAAAAGACAGAGUCACAAGUUGAAGAAGAACGAUCUGUUGCUUUUUUUUAAAUUCCAAAAUAAUGCAUAACACAAAGUCUACCCACAACAAAAGUAUUGAUAUAUUUAAUUAAGUCUAUUGUUCAAAUUAGAGUUUGAGUGAAUACUUAUUUAUUUGGUAGUUUACCUAGAGAGAAAAGUAACCUGAAAGAGCUUGGACCCCUAGCAAAGCAACACGUUACAGGGGAAUUUAAAACGACUCUGCCUGUUAUUUACCACACAGGGGAAGCACCAUCUGUAACCCAUGGACGUAAUUUGAAACACUUACGACUCUACCAGCCUUUACGUUACAUUUUGCAGUUUCUGCUCCAGCUCUGACCAGCAUUACUCUGAUGCUAACUAUGCUCUGUCCUUCUGUUUCUCAGAGAAACGAUCAACAGAAUACAUUGGGGAGCCAUGAAUGGAUUGUGAAAGUCACAUUUAUCCAUACAAUAUGCUGAUUUAACUUGUGAGGCUUUGCCUGCACUGCAGCAAUGUAGUUAAAACAUAAAAUAGGACACCUGUCAGCAACUUAAAACAACAUAAUUGCCACUACUGUUAAUUUCUCCAGAUGUUUAGACCUCUAAAAGCUGCGCAUGGUGGGAAAGGUGCAGUGAAAUAUCUCAUUCAUUUGGGUAAAUGUUUGCUGUGAGUAAUUAUUACUAUGCAAUCUGCGGGCAUCAGCUGGUGUUCGGUACCGACAGUUGACACAAGAGUUAAAACUGCUGUAAAAGAAAUGUUCUUGCUUGAUCAACUGUAUGAUUGUAAAAUAAAAACUGCAAGCAGGA